UUUCUUUUUGUCAAAUGAUGCCAAAGAUGCGUUAGUACUCAUAGCAUAGGAUAUAUAAAGUUUGUGACUUAUGAAGCCAUACGUAAUAAGUUGCACUAUUUGAGAACUAAAGUCACCUCUCAAUAAUUAGGGUGUUUAAAUAUGUGCACUUGGCUAAUCAUAUUAUAAUUUUUUUUUUUUAGCUUAUGACGUGCUUAAUCCCACGUCACCUGUAGUGUCUUUGAUCAUACACCUGUAAACGUUUCAAGUUUUUGGUUUGCAAGUUAGAUCACUACCGAACUUUUAAAAAGUCUCGGCUUUGGCUAUAAAUAUGUGGGAAUCUUCUAGCAGAAUUGGUACCAAGAGGGAGAGAAGUAUUAUUUGAGAACACAAAAAUGAAGGUAGAGCAUAUCCUACACACGAAUGGAGGAGUUGGGAAAACAAGCUAUGCAAACAAUUCCCUACUUCAAAGAGCAGUGAUUUCAAUGGUGAAGCCCAUAGUUGGUGCAAGCAUAGAGGAGCUGUGUUGCACUCUCUUCCCAGAGUGUUUGAAAGUAGCAGACUUGGGACGCUCUUCAGGACCCAACACCCUUUUGGUGGUAUCAGAUAUCAUAAACAGCAUCCACACAACUUACCAAAAACUCAACCGCCCACCUCCAUCACUCCAAGCCUUCUUGAAUGAUCUUCCUGGAAACGAUUUCAACGCGGGGUUCAGGUCAUUGCCAGGCUUCUAUAAGAAACUUGAUGAAGAACAUGAGAAGAAGUUUGGGUCAUGUUUUAUUGCAGGAAUGCCUGGUUCUUUCUAUGGCAGGCUCUUCCCCAACAAUUCUCUGAACUUUGUUCACUCUUCUUAUGCUCUCCACUGGAUCUCUGAGGUUCCAAAAGGCUUGUUGACCGAAGAAGAAGAGGGACUUAACAAGGGGAACAUAUAUAUAGCAAAGACAAGCCCUCCAGCUGUGUUUAAGCAAUACUUGGAGCAAUUCAAAAGGGACUUCACAGUCUUUUUGAGGUCACGUGCCGAAGAGCUUGUCCCAGGAGGCAGUAUGGUACUCACAAUCACUGGCAGCAUAAAGAGUCAUGAUCCCCUCUGCAUUUGGGAAUUUGUAGGACUGAAACUCAAUGACAUGGUUUUAGAGGGUUUGAUUGGUAAGGAAAAAUUGGACGCAUUCAAUAUGCCAUUCUAUACACCUACAACGAAGGAGAUAGAAGAGGUGAUCCAGGCUGAAGGAUCAUUUACUUUGCAAAACCUUGAAGUUCUCAAAAAUGAUUGGGACUCUUAUAUAAAGCAAGCUAAUAGUGGUCUUGAUAAGAAGACAAGGGCUGCAAUAUUUGCCACUCACAUAAGGGCUGUGGCAGAGCCAAUUCUGGCGAGCCAAUUCGGAGAAGAAGCAAUGGACGAUUUGUUUCCUAGGUUUGAAGAAGAUGUUCUUGAUCACAUGGAAAGGGAGAACUGCCAGUACAUUAACCUGGUUAUCUCGUUGACAAAGAAGCGUUGA